AUCUACUGUACGUAGAUCGUGAGGGGCCAAAGAUUUGAAAUAGAAUGAGCAUCAGCGAUUGAUGAAAAAUAGUGGGCUUGGAAGAGAAAAGAUCACACCAUGGCAAUGAAUGCAGUGAAUGCAGAGCUGAAGCAAGCCAGGACAAAUCUGGAGGAUGCCCUUGGGGAAAAUAGAUCUGCUUACUGGACGAUAAUGAAACAGUGGUAUCGCCAGAAAGUGGACAAGGAUGAUUUGGAUAAUGAAGCUCUGCGGCUACUGACAGAAAGGAGUGUCCACCUACAUAAUGAGUUCAUGGUUGCCAUCUUUGCCAAGUGCCAGACUGCUAACUUCAUCCAUGACUCCAAUGCUGCAAAAGGAACCAUCCCGGUUGUAACGCCACUGACUCCUACACCGAGCAAGGUGGUAAAGAAGGCCAAGAGCACCAAGAAGAAGAAGGCCAUUGUAAGAGCUACUUUUGAAAACCGCUUCAUGCCCAGUGAUCCUAUGCAAUACCUACCCAUCGAAGUGUCAAAGCCUGUGACCAACGAGAAAAUGGAGUUCUGUACCAAAGCAGCUUGUUUACCAGAUGCUGAAAUGCUCCACGGUAGAGUCUUUGUGACGACCUGGGAAUGGGGUCUGGAGGGAGUCACAGAUUCCACCGUCCCUGUCGUCUUGCAUGCCGUCCAACGCGUCCUGAAAAAUCUCAUCAGUGCUAUGCUAUCGAGACAGUCCGCUUACGAGGUCCGGGAUGGAUGUUUCAAGCACGCACAUGGACAAUACUUCACUGAAACAACGCCACAAGCCAAGGAAAGAGAGACUAAGGUCGAUCUCCAAUCAUCCAUAGACUCGCCAAGCUCCAAUGUUGCAAGUAAGCUAGGAGUGGAUGAAGUUGAACAAAAGGCCGUUUAUAGACUAGCUACUGGUGGCAAGGCUCCUAUGCAUAAGACACUAACCCUGGAGGAUUUGCUGGAUGCUGUGCUGGUUAAUGGGAGGUUACUAGCCUCUCACACAGUUGCUUCAUUAGCAACGGAAAGGAUUCUAUGUAGUCUUUGGCAUCCAGAUCAACAGCAGCUAGACCAGGAUGAGAGGUACAGAAUGCAGCUUAACCAGCCGUUUUCCUUAGACAGACGAUAGUGAUGAACUUAAACCUAUUGACUAUACUUCAAUUUUGGUAUAACACACAUUUCACACAGACCCUAUAUAUAAUACGGUAUGCUGAGAUAUAGAGAGCUUGGCAUAGCAUUCAACAGGUUUUGAAUUAAAAUUUGUCUCUGUUGUUUUUUCCU